AUGGCCCGCACCAAGCAAACCGCCCGCAAGUCGACCGGCGGCAAAGCUCCUCGGAAACAGCUGGCCGCCAAGGCUGCCCGGAAAUCGGCGCCGGCCACCGGAGGCGUCAAGAAGCCUCACCGCUACCGUCCCGGCACAGUAGCCCUUCGAGAAAUCCGUCGGUACCAAAAAUCUACCGAACUCCUCAUCCGCAAACUACCCUUCCAGCGUCUGGUCCGUGAGAUCGCCCAGGACUUCAAGACCGACUUGCGCUUCCAGUCCUCGGCGGUGAUGGCACUGCAGGAGUCCGCGGAAGCCUAUCUCGUCGGACUGUUUGAGGACACCAACUUGGCCGCUAUCCAUGCCAAACGAGUUACCAUCCAGCCCAAGGACAUGCAGCUGGCUCGCAGACUAAGGGGAGAACGAUCGUAG